AUGGCGAAAUCGAAGAACCACACCAACCACAAUCAGAACAAGAAGGCUCACCGCAAUGGUAUCAAGAAGCCCCAGAGGAAGAGAAAGAUGUCGACCAAGGGGAUGUGCCCGAAGUUCUUGCGCAACCAGCGAGCGUGCAAGAGAGGCAUGAUGAAGUCCGACUAA